AUGCAUCUGUUUGUGAAGAGCCCCACGGGCAGGACAAUCUGCCUCAGGGUCAAGCCAUCUGAUACACUGUAUACUGUCAAGGCAAAGAUUCAGGAACAACACCGCCUUUUCUUCGACGGGGUGCAGCUAGAUGACAACCUUACAUUGGCUGAUUAUGGCAUCCAGCAUCAGUCCAUGCUUGACCUCCAAGAAAACAUGCAAAUCUAUAUAAUGGAGACACAGACAGGCAAGAUGAUCACCCUCGAGGUUGACAGCUUGGAUACUAUUGACAAGGUGAAGUCCAAGGUUCAAGAUAAGGAGGGCUUUCUCAAGGGUCAGCAGUGCCUCAUCUUUGCCAACAAGCAGCUGGAGGACGACCGCACCUUGGCAGAGCUCAACAUAUGGAAGGAGUCGACUCUUCUCCUUGUCCUCCACCCUGUCAGCCCAGGUAAGAUGCCCAUCUAUGUGCAGUGUGAAGAUGGAAAGAUCAUCUCUCUUGAGGUUGAGGGAUCAGAUACCAUCGACAGCGUGAAGAUGAAGAUCUAUCAGGUGGACGGUACUCGCCCGAUACAACAACGCCUCCUCUAUGCAUCCAAGCUGCUGGACGGCCGCCGCACCCUAGAGGAUUAUAACAUUCAGAGGGAAUCUAGGCUUGAUAUGCUGCUGUGUCUAUGUGGUUGUUGA